UGUUACUAGAUGGUUACUAUUAGUUCUGAGAGAAACCGGCGCCGUCGCGGUGGGAUGACGUAGCUGCGGGUAGGGCGGAAGCGCGGCUGAUUUGAAAUCCGAAGUGCAUGCGAAUGAAAGAACUCUGGGCCCCAAGCAUCAAGCCUCUGUCCUCAAGCCCUGGGCACUGAUACAACAAGCCUGCGAUGCUGCAACACUGAUACACAAGAGAAGUCUCCGCAGCCUUAUGAAUGGAAAAAGAAGGUUCCUCCGUGCAUCGGUACUCUCUGUUCUUGGCUCCUCCUGUACGUACCCAGCGUGCCAGCACUGCUUCACCCGGCUAAUCCGAGCGGCAAACAGGUUUGAAUGCCCCCGAUGUGGAAGCCAGAGCAAGGAGGCCAAGCAGAGGUACAAGCUGUGCCUGAAGGUGGCAGAAUGGAGCCAACUUUACAUUAUCACUGUAUUUGGAAGCUGCCUGGAUAAGAUUUUUGGAACCAGCGCCAGCGCUUUGCAGAGGCAACUGCAAUGCUCAGUCCAGACUUGGAGUAACCUGGCAAGUGAGAGAGCCCAGGAGUUAUUAAAUCAGGCGGUGGAGCAGUGCUUCGUUGGCAGGAACUUCCUAUUUGGCGUGAAGAUUCCAGAAGGAAGACGGGAAGAGGCACCCCCUGGCAGCGUUUCUCUCUGUACUUCUCGUAGUCACAUGGUUGCGUGCCAGAUUUUCCUUCCCAAUGACGGUGCCGUCGGCUUCACCGUUAUGGACUGCUAUGGUCACCUGCUGAGGUCAAUGGUAAAUGGCACCCAAGCAGAUCGCAGAAGCGUUUCUUCAGAUCAUUCAAAGAAAGACUUGAGCGACACCGGAAGCAUCUUCAGCCUUCAUGUAAGUGCCAAUUACUUGGAUUUAUGGCAGCAGUCGUUUGGUUUGACAUCUUCAAGUGCAUCACAGGGAUCCAGGGAAUCCAGCAAGGUAGCGGAGCAUCACUUUUUGGCCAAGGAUGGUGAGUUUAAAGGCAACAACCAAGAUUUCCUCUGCACGAAUCUAAGUGUAGAAACUAACGCUAUCCCCAAGACUGCUCUGUCCAUCGGCUCUAGUGCUGGAACACUAAGCAGCAAAUCCUCAAGGCAAUCCUUCAAUAAUUCUUCCAUUGCCUCCAGAAAUGGACACAAGGUGUCGGGCUUUCUGGCUUGUGGAAGAACAUUCGAACUUCAUGGAAAGGAAUUGCACAAGUCCUGGCACCCCGUAAGCUCUCCGAGCCAGUUCAGUCCUCCCUGCACUGCCGUUUCAUCUUCCAAAAACCUAACGGCAGCUGGAAUCCAUCAGGAUGGGGCGGACGUUUGGGACGAUUCGCUGUACUCUGAAAGUCUCAGUGAGUUUUUAGCCAAGGUUGAAAACAAUGAAGAGACGUCAACUCGGUCAUGUAAGAAUGAUUCCAUGGGAGCAACAAGGCACCCAGAUAGAUUUCCCAGAAUGCAACAUUGCGUUGAUACUAUGACGCACAGAAGCAAGAAGCAGUUUAGCAUUGACACUGACCCACCCUCUGAAGAAGAACUUGCUAAAUGUAGUUCUCCUCCAUUUAUUAAGCAAACCAUGGUCAAUGUAUCUCCUUUAGCAGAAGCCAUCACCCCCUCCAAUUUUUCCCCAUUUCCAGUUAAUAGAACCUGUGAAAACAAUAAGUGUCAAAUCUCCCAAAAUACCCCAAAACCAAGGAAGGUGUUGUGGUCGAAACAUGUUCUCUUCGAUGCCAAGAAAUAUGGCAGCCAAAAAACACAUUUGUCACAAAUUUGCACAACAAAUGGAAGCACAAGUUACACCCCUUCACUUCUUAAGGGGACAUGCAGGGAUAGCAACGAGCAAGCUAAUUGGCAGGUAUUUGCAUGUUGGGAGGAGCCAAGCCUCAUUAACAAGAGGUUCAGUGAUUGCAAGAAGAGUUACAAUGUAUCCUCUGACCUAUUUGAUAUCAGUAAAAGCCCCAAUGAGACUGUAGAAGAUGCGGCUCGAUUAUUAUCCGUUAAAGGGAUAUAUCCAGAGGAAAGAGAGGGAUGUUGCCUUAAUACUCCCAAGUCUGGGUCCAGACCCGCAGAUGUCGACGCUCUUCAGAAAUCAGGGUCCUUGACUUGGCCAGAUAUUAAUGAUGAAAGUGCUUUAGGAAGUCCUAGUUUGAUUCCAUUUGCACAGUCUACCCCAGUAAUAAAGCACCUCCCGCGGCCAUCUUGUCUUGGCGCCAACAGGCCGCCUCUCAAGCCUUUAAAUGGCAGAUCAAACCUGGUCCCUACUAAGAAAUCGGGUGAUUUGCUCAAAAAGGCGACGCGCCACAGAACACCUAGUUUUUUGCACAUUUCCAAAAGCCCAGACCUGUGGGGCCUUAAUAGCAGUUCAGAGAAGUACUCUCCUCUUCCUUCCACAAAACGUCUUUCUGUUUCCCCUCUUGUGAAUUUGGGUGUAAAUAUCCCACAGCGGCGGUGGUGGUGGAGGAGGAAUCCCUCGUCGGCCAAAACUGCAAAGAGAGAUCAUUUGGAACCCAAAGAGAAUAUAAAGGGAGGCCCAGAGGGAGACACGGAUACUCAGGACAUGGAAGCCGGGGGAAAGGAAACCAAGAUGGUGGCUUCUUUGAGGAUGUUUAAUGGAAGCACAGAGCUCUCUCCCAUUCAGUCUACCUGUGACCCUACAGUGCAGCCUUUUCCUAGGGUUCAAGCACCGUUGCCCCCAGGCGACUGGUCUCCCGAGCUUUUUAUUGAGAAGGGACCUACUUCCCAACAAUCGGACCUUCUACAGAGGCGGCUCUUUUGAGUUCUUCUCUUACAGCAGUGGGUCUCACCCCCCAGUUCUGUGUCCUGAUAUCUGUACAGGGCAAAUUAAACUGUAAUGAUGUAAUUGGAGCAACGUCCUCAGCCGGGGUGAAGCUUCGGGGCCUACAGGGUGUAGGUAACUCUAUGCAGUUGAAAUGUGAAUGGUUACAAUGAGAGACAUAUGAUCUGUUAAUAAUGUUCUGUAAAUAAUAUAUAUAAAGUAUUAAAAUAUGAGAAGUCA